UGAGCGUCGAUCCAGAAGACGUGGCUCCAGCUUUUCUCCUCUGCUGUCAACAAGCUACACACAACAGAGACUGCUAGAAGCUAUCUAACGAUUAUUGAAUGAGCAGUAGUUAUUGGCCAAUUGCUACACUGCAGCCAAAAUGAUCUCUCUAACGGAUUCACAAAAGAUCGGGAUGGGGUUGACAGGCUUCGGCGUGUUCUUCCUCUUCUUCGGUAUGGUCCUGUUUUUUGACAAAGCUCUUCUUGCCAUUGGAAAUAUAUUGUUUGUAGCAGGCCUAGCCUUUGUCAUCGGCUUGGAGCGUACCUUCAAAUUCUUCUUCCAGAGACACAAAUUUAAAGCCACCAGUUUCUUCCUGGGGGGCGUGGUCGUGGUUCUGAUUGGCUGGCCCAUCAUUGGAGUGGUGCUGGAGAUCUAUGGAUUUUUCCUCUUAUUCAGGGGCUUUUUCCCAGUGGCAGUAGGCUUCAUCAGGAGGGUGCCUGUCCUCGGGUCCAUACUCAACCUCCCAGGGAUUAGUGGAUUGGUGGACAAAGUCAGCGACAGCAACAAUAUGGUAUAACAGUGACAACCUUUGGAUUGGAGGGUAUUACAUCGCUUAACUCUAUUUAUAAUGGGGACUUUGUUCCCUACUGAUCAACUACUAUUGGUCAACACAAGUUAAAGGUCAAAGCUGUGAAUCAAAAACCUCUUUCUGUUCAAAGAAAUAUAAUCUUAUUUUGGGCAGGCGUAUGAAUACGACUGGCUUCGUAAAGUUUAUUUUGACAAUAAGGAAACUGCUUUGUAACCUGGUUGCCAUUGAUGGACAUUGUUACUAAAGGACUACUUCAUUUCGAAGCCCAAUGGGUGAAUUGGGCCCUUUUUGUGUUACUGUCCGUUCCUGAUCGACUGAUGAUGAUGAUGAUGAUUGACAUGUGACUGGACCAAUCACUGGAAUGGACAUCUCUUUGGAGGAGUCUGGAAUCUGUUACAGAUACCUUUCUUCUACAUUGAUAGAUAUGUUCUAGAUUGGAAUGUUGUGCCUGUAGCGUCACAAAGAAAAUAGUUUUUUGGGUUACCUUUUGGGUUACCUGUGAAGAUUUUGUACGGCUGUUGAGAACACAGCUUGUUUUACACCUGGGGCCUAUUCUGGAGGCUGUAGCGUUACAGAACGCUCAGAUAGAAAUGUAUAGUGUAGAACGGAUAUGAUUGUCAGCGAAUUACGUCAGCUCUGCUUAUUCUAUUUCUAUCUGCAAUGUUCGGAAUGUUCAGCGUCACUGAAUACACACCUGCUACACCUGUCCAUGAAUGGUAUCCGGAGCUGUUGUAGAUAAAUAGCCCUGAGCGCACAACGGGUACAUUUGUUUUAGCGCAUCCAGGGCACCGUGUGAGCUGAAUUUUCCAAUUUUAGACUAUUCCAUUGGUCCUACAGGAAAUCUCCGCCCACCCGGGACACUGCGCGAGCUAAAACAAAUGCCUCCAAUACUACAAAUGUGUCUCUACAGCCCAGAUACUGCUGGUCUCACAGCUUGGCUUUACAAGUCACUUUCUAUUUAAUGUAUUAAGAGCCUUGUUGUCAGAGAGAUGUUUUACUCAAUGUACAGUAUCUUUUGUAAAUACAUGCUUGAAAUAAAGUAUGUUUUUAAAAUUC